GAGAGAGAUCACUCAACAGGAGUUUCCGUAGUCCAAGUUGGCCAAGGCUACUCUAACUUUGUGUUCCGCCGUCGGCCAGGUGCGCGCGUGGAGCUCAAGAAGAGGAAUGUCCCGAUAGAAAAUACUCCAAUAUUUCCUUUGGAUUACGUAGCCUACACGCGGUUGUGUGGGGAGGGUUCCACCCGCUCCAGGUAACGCGCUCCGUGCUCGUAUCCCCGCCGCCCACGGUCACCUGCCCAGCGGGGAUAUGUAUCAGGGAAUAAGCAUGGCGACCAACCAUGGACACCCGUCAUACGAGGCCAGCUUUCUGCAUAACCCCGCGGCCACCUCUCCCGUGUACGUGCCGACCACCCGGGUGACCCCCAUGAUCCCCGCUCUCCCGUACCUGCAGACUCACGGCGCUGCGCAGCCGAGCAGCCCAGGACAGAAUCAUUCGGCCUGGGCGCAGGUAGGUCCGGAGGCAGGGUCCUCUUACAGCACAGCCAACACGCACCACUCCCCGGUGUCACCGCGCUUCAGCUUCCCCGCGAGCCCGCCGCUAACCUCCGGUGUGGCCACGGCGCGGGAAACCACUACCUACACAAGCCCCCUGAACAUCUCCGCCAACGUGAGAGAAUCUUACGGGGCACGAGGUCUCAGCAGCUCCUACCCCAGCCCCUACCCGGCGUACGUCAGUACGAACAUGGGGAGCACUUGGCCGGCGCCUCCGUUUGACAGCUCCGUACUACACGGUCUGCAGCCAGGGACGUCGGGGAACUCUAUGCGGCAUCCAAACUUAGACCUGUUUGAUGACUUCGUGGAGGGCCGAGAGUGUGUGAACUGCGGCGCGAUGUCCACUCCACUGUGGCGACGGGACGGAACUGGACACUACCUGUGCAACGCCUGCGGCCUCUACCACAAGAUGAACGGCAUCAACCGGCCCCUCAUCAAGCCACAGAGACGCCUGUCUGCUUCCAGGAGAGUAGGUCUGUCCUGCACUAACUGCCACACCAGCACCACCACACUGUGGAGACGCAACGCUGAGGGAGAACCAGUCUGCAACGCAUGCGGCCUCUACAUGAAGCUGCACGGGGUGCCGCGCCCACUGGCCAUGAAGAAAGAUGGCAUCCAGACUCGCAAACGCAAACCCAAGAACCUCAGCACGAACAAACCUGGAACCCCGGCCAUGGAUAGCCACACCCCCUCCAGCACUCCCAGUUCCAACCACAAUGUAGACGAUGAGCCUCGACCAAUCAAAACAGAGCCAGACACACACACACUCUACACACACCACCACCUGCACACACAGGUGUGCCCAGUCCCUGGGUACCUGAGCUCUCCAGCGGGCAGUGCCACUCUGAAGCUCACACCCAGCAGCCAUCCUGCCCCAGCCAGCGCUAAGAGCGCCCUGGACCAGCCUCAUACUGGCCUGAGCACACACACACACACACACAGACAUACACGCCCUGGACCAGCCUCAUACUGGCCUGAGCACACACACACACACACACAGACAUACACGCCCUGGACCAGCCUAAUACUGGCCUGAGCACACACACACACACACACACACACACACACACACACACAUACACACACACGCCCUGGACCAGCCUCAUACUGGCCUGAG